GAGUCUUUGGAUGAUUCUCAAGUAGCUGGAGUUUGUGCAACAGAAGAAGUGAUUCGCUAUGAAUAUCACGUCUUGUACUCCAGCAGCUACCAAGUACCUGUGCUUUAUUUUAGGGCAUGCUUUUUAGAUGGAAGACCUUUAACUCUGGAUGAAAUAUGGAAAAGUGUUCAUGCAUGCUACCAGGCUCGUCUGCUCGAGGGGCCCUGGGACACUAUUACACAGCAGGAGCACCCCUUACUUGGGCAGCCGUUUUUCGUUCUGCACCCCUGCCGAACUAAUGAAUUCAUGUCUUCUGUACUGACCAGUUCACAGAAGCAGGACAGACACACAAAUUACAUUAUAUUGUGGCUCAGUACUGUAGGCCCAGUUGUGGGUCUGAAUCUGCCCCUGAGUUACGCAAAACUAGCACCUGAGCAGAAUACAAAUGCUGAUUCAGUUGAAAG